GGAGCAGACAACAGAGACAGACAGAGACACCAGAACAAGACCUCAAAGAGACACGAACCUUCAACAGACACAAAGAUGAAGAUGCCAACGCUUCUCGUCCUCCUCCUGACCAUCUUGGUGAACGCAGUAUCUGCUUUCCCCUCUGACAGAAGACAACAAGAGAAACACGCCUCCUGGGACGAUGUGAACGUGGUGGCUCACGGCCUCCUGCAGCUGGGUCAGGGUCUGAAGGAGCACGUGGACAAGAGCAAAGCCCAGAUGAGAGAUGUCAACGCCAAACUGAAAGCCUUCAACGGCACGCUGACCGAGCUGGAGAGGAAGCAGAGGGAGCAAAGCGAGGAUCUGAUGGCCGGGAGCAAAGGGGUGGAGGAGAAGGAGAGGCUGGCUGAAAGGCUGAGCGAGGAGGUGAGAGUGAAGGUGGAGGAGAUGAAGAAGCAGGGUGAGGACAUCCACUCCAGGAUGGACAGACUAGAGGAGAAGGUGGAGGAGGUGCUGAAAGAGCCCAAACUGGAGAGCAACAACAGCGAGCACACAGGAGCUUCAUUUAUCCAGGUGAGGACAGAAACAUUCAUGUGGGUGUCUCUUUCCCUGACCGGUGUUGACUGACUUUUACAGUUGAACUAACGAUUAUUUCCCGGCUGAUUUUCAGAGACUUUUGGCUGCUCAGAACCGACGCAUCGACCAGCUGGUGGAGAAAAUCCAGCAGCAACAAGACAAGCUGGAGAAACAGAGUCUUCACCUGCAAGCUCUGCAGAGCAAGGUGAGUUACAGCACCUUAAAAUCCUCCGCCUGUUUGAGCUGAUGUAUGAUAUUAAAAAAAAUUACAGUUUCAGUUUCUGUAUUUACUGAGCGUGAAUUUUGUUCCACCAGGUCGCACAUAAAAGAGUGAAAUCUCACCGACGCAGAGAUGAAGAGACAGUCCUGAGGGGAGAGGCUGAGCUGAGCGGACAGACAUCAGGUGAGAAAUCAGACCCUCAGGAAAACGAUGUUAAAAAGUGAUGAAAUCAUUUGCAGUGAGGGCAAAGAAAACUUUAAAUAGGUGAUGGUGUUGGAAAGACUUUGACCAGAGUUCUUGUUGUUGAAGGUUUGACCUUUAAAGAACUCAUUUACUUGUAGAGUUAAAGCUCUACACCCUCAGUAGAGUUAACCUUUACUGAGAGAGUACAGAUCUCAUAAGAUGUACAGUGAUGUAUCCUAAAGUGACAUAAGAGCAGGAAAUGUUCACCUUCGCACCUCCUUUUACAAUAUUUGACGCGCUGGCAGAGCGGCUCACACACAGUCCAAAGAUCAGGAGAAACUCGGACAACAACUUUCAAAACACACCUACUGCACUGUUUACAGGACACGCUAAGCUUUGCCUUUGCACACUCAGAUCAUAGGGAUUUAUAGUCGUAUGUGACGUCUGAUCUCUGGAUCAUCAUCUGAUCAGUUUUCUAUCUUCUGUUUUCUCAGAUUUCGGCAAAGACUGUCAUGAUCUGUUUGUACAAGGGGAGCGAGCCAGCGGCAUCUACACUAUCCAACCAGAGAGCUCCAAGCCCUUCAACGUCUUCUGUGAAAUGACCUCAGGUGAGUCAGACAAGUCUCUGUCUUUGAAACUUAAAGGACUUAGAUGAAAUCACAGAUUCUCUCAAAAAAUAAGGACCAUAAAAAUCAAACUUACUCAGUUUUAGCCUCUUUAACUCAACCUUUUCUCUCUCUGUGCUCGCUUGGCAGAAGGUGGAUGGACCAUCAUUCAGAAACGUCUCGAUGGAUCCCAGAACUUCAACCAACUCUGGGACAGCUACAAGAGAGGCUUUGGAAACCUGAAUGGUGAGCACAACACAGAAACCAUUGAAAAGUUUAUGAAAAUGAGCACAAUCGAACGUGGGCUGUGAAAUCUAACCUGUAAAUGUCUCAUCCUGCAGGUGAGUUCUGGCUUGGCUUGGAGAACAUCCACUCGCUCUCCAAACAAGGGGAGUACGUCCUGCAGGUGGAGGUUUCUGACAUGGCUGGGGAGAAGAAGGAGGCUCACUACGGGUUCCAACUUGACGGAGAAGAGACGAUGUUCGCUCUCCACCUUCAGCCGGAGUCUGAGGGUCAGGAGAACAUCAUAACGACCGGAGCCUCUGGUCUUCCCUUUUCCACCACUGACAGAGACAACGACCUCGCCAAAGACGUCAACUGUGCUGAGCUGCUCUCAGGUAAGACUGCUGCACCGUCACCUCCACCUGAGCACAUACAGACGCAGCAUCUGAAAUAUCAGGAAACAUGAGGAGGAACUAGAAGAAGUAAUGAUGAACUUUCUUUUGUUUCGCAGGUGGUUGGUGGUUCAGCAGUUGUGGGGAGUCAAACCUCAACGGAAGAUAUCCCAGGAGGCAGAGCAUGCUCAGACGACAUCAGUCCAGGAGACAGGGGAUGUUUUGGACGUCCACAGAGGGACCAGUCACCUCUGUGAAGACCACUCUCCUCAAGAUGGCCCCCGCCACAAUAAAACACUAAGCAGCUCAGUUUUCAAAAAGGACAAAGAGCUGAAGGGACUGAGAGCAGCAGACUGUUUAUUUCAUGAAGCACAUCAAUGAUCUCUGGAUCCUCAUGUCUUUCUAUGCUAUGCUAUAAGAGAAAUCACUGUCUCAGUGGACAUCCUCUGUCAUAUUGACAGGCGAAGCUUCAUUUCCUUUAUAAGGGUUUUACUUCUUAUAUGAAGUCUGUGUCUUGAACAUUUCUGAUGAAUAGUGUAUUAUUGACUUAACAUGUGUACACUCUAAACUCUUUUAUACAUUUUAUUCUUAUAAAGUGGAUGAAAAUAAAGUUUUUAAAAGGUUGAAUGAA